AUGCCUGCAUGGUUCAAAAAGGUGUGGUAUGGACUGGCAUCUUUACUCAGCUUCUCCUCCUUCCUCCUAAUCAUCGUUGCCUUGGCCCUGCCCCACUGGCUAAGUGGGAAAAUCCUAUGUCAGACUGGAGUGGAUCUGGUCAAUGCCACUGACCCAGAGCUGGUCAAAUUCAUUGGGGACAUUUACUACGGGCUCUUCCGAGGGUGUAAGGUGCGACAAUGCGGGCUAGGGAGCCGCCAGUCCCAAUUCACAAUCUUCCCACACCUGGUGAAGGAGCUCAACGCAGGCCUCCAUGUGACGAUGCUGCUACUCCUCUUCCUAGCUGUGGCCCUGGCUCUGGUCAGCAUGGGUUUUGCUAUUCUUAACAUCAUCCAGGUCCCCUACAGGGCAGUCAAUGGUCCUGGUGGCAUCUGCCUUUGGAAUAUCCUGGCAGGUGGAGUCGUGUCACUAGCCAUCACCAGCUUUUUGGCUGCAGUGAAGCUUCACAACCUGACAGAACGAAUCGCCAACUUCCAGGAGAGGAUCUUCCAGUUUGUCGUGGUGGAAGAGCAGUUCAAAGAGUCCUUCUGGAUGUGCGUGGCCAGCGCUUCUGCCCACGCUGCAAAUUUGGUUGUGGUGGCCAUCAGUCAGAUCCCCCUGCCUGAGAUCAAGACCAAAAUGGAAGAGGCCACAGUCACAGCUGAGGAUAUCUUGUACUGA